AUCUGUGGUUAAUAACAAUGUCAGCAUCAGCCUCCUCCUCCGCGGGCCCGCCAAGGGGUAAGGCCGGCGGGGACGCGGCCCCUCCGACCCCCUUGGCCGGCAGCGGCAGCGCCGCGCAUCGCCCGCUGCAGCCCCUCCGCGCCACGGUUCCGUUCCAGCUUUUGCAUGGAAACCAGCAGAGCCCGACCCGCUCUCCCUCCUCCUUCUCCUCCUUCUCCUCCUCCUCCGCAGUCGGUAACAACAGCGGAUCAGCGACGUGCUCCAGUCCCGCCAGCCCGACCCCACUGCUGCUUACGAGCCCAGGAGGAAGCGGCUCUGAGGUCAGGCUGGUGCCCCGACAGAGGCUCUCUCCGCCCGACAGGAGCUCGCCGGAGCCCGUAUCCAAAGCUGAGAGGCCAAAGGCCCAGCAGGUGAGGAGCGUGGGAGCCAUCAGGCGGACCUCCUCUCUGGGCACCAUCACUGGGCCCUACCUCACCGGCCAGUGGCCCCGGGACCCCCACCUGCACCACCCGUCCUGUAUGAAAGAUAAAUCAACACAGACCCCCGUGUGUUGGAUUGAAGAGGUGGAGGAGAAGAGGAGCACACACCAGCGAUCCGCCUCCUGGGGCAGCACUGACCAGCUCAAAGAGAUAGCCAAGCUAAGGCAGCAGCUGCAUCGAAGCAAGCAGAGCGGGCGCCACCACCCCCUCCCCCACCUCCCCCCGCACAGCGGCAGGGACAAGGACUGCCUCUCCCCCCCGCCUCCGUGCAUCGCCUACGGCCCCGCCACCACCCUCAGCCCCCUCACGGCCCUCAGCCAGCUGCAGCAGGGCUCCAUGUCUAAGCCUGCCGCCCUGCCGCUGGCCAGCAUCUCGGUGCCCAAGCCGUCCAUCUCACGGGUCCCCAGCAGCAUGGAGGGCAUCAACCACGAGCUGGAGAAGGUCUUCAUCAGGGACCACGGCGACAAGGACGAGCUCAAGGCCCUGGAGGUCCCUGACGGCCGGCGGGCCCCCUGCCCCCCCCAGCAGCGCAGCAGCAGCACCCGCAGCGUGGACACUCAGACCCCCUCCUCGGGGCCCGGCCGCUCCAGCAGCUGCUCCAGCCUGUCGCCCUGCCCCUCGCCCGCCACCGCCGGCCCCCCGGGGUCCCACGCCGGCAGCCCCUACUCCACCGACGAGCUGCUGUACGACCGCGACAAAGGUGCCGACAGCGGGAGCAGCUCCCCGCUGCCCAAGUUCGCCUCCUCGCCCAAGCCCAACAACAGCUACAUGUUCAAGCGGGAGCCGCCCGAGGGCUGUGAGAAGAUCAAAGCCUUCGAGGAGACCAGCAGCUCCAGGCCGGCCCCGUCCGCCCCGCUCUUCUCCUGCCCCGACAAGAACAAGGUGAACUUCAUCUCCACGGGCUCGGCCUUCUGCCCCGUGCGGCUCCAGGGCCCGCUGCACCCCGGGGCCCUGAGCCUCGUGCCCGCUUUCCAGCCCCUCGCCGAGGGCGGGGACCCCCCCCGCCACCAGGGGGAGCCAGAGGGGCCGACCGCGGGGCACCCCGCCGGGACGCCGCCCGACACCGAGGCCCCGCCCCCCCAGACAGACCCCCCCCAGGCGGUCAGUUAA